AAGGACUACAGAUUGUCGGUGACCUGCGCAAUAGCGGCCCCGAGUCCUUUAAAUGUACCGUACGUGCAAAGAUGGCAGCUCAAGUCGACUUGCUCCGUGCGAAAGUAGAAGACGAAAGGGUGAGGGACAGUCUUGAGAGAUUCAUCAAAGAGAGGAAGAAGAAGAAGAAGAAGGACCUGUCACCGUCGGCUGACAGACGGGAGAGGUCCGAGAAAGAGGCGAAGAAAGUGAAGCUCCAUCACCACCACCAUCAUCAACACAACCACCAGCACGCUGAUCACCGGGGCCACCAGCCGCAUCAGCUGCAGCAGAAUCCCAAACCCCACCACUUCAGCCCGGAGAAGCAUGUCCUGCACAGCCACCAACAUCACCACCACCUCCACAGCAACGGUCUCAGCAACGGUACAAAGAAGAACUUGCAGCCCACUUUUCCUGCGCCUCCGCCGCGGAAGGUGCCGGAGCAGCUCCCUAAGAAGCGAGCGGUGCCCUCCCAGCCACCUGCGCUCUUCACUUUCACGCCUCUCAAAGUGGUCAAGGCCAAGACCCAGGAAUUCAAAGAGAAGCACAGGGAGAAAGACCUGAAACUGAAGCUCAAGAAGGAAAAUGCGGAGGCGAAUGUGAAACACGCGGAGCUGAAGAAAAAGAAGGAGCCCAGGCCCUACAAUGAGAAUGACAGUUCUCUGACGCUGGAGGAGUACCUCCUCAAGAAGAAAAAGAAGAAAAAGAAGCAUCAUGAAGAUGAGCACAGUGCCAAGAAGGUCCGAUAUAUGCACAACAAAGCGGUUCAGACUGUAUGUGCAGGACUUGGGACGGACCUUUCGCUGCCCAUUCGUCCUGAUCCUCCUCUGACCGCCAGCGCGAAGCAGGAAAACAACUGCCAUCCUUGCAGAGACACUGUCGACAACCGCCCGCCCUACCUCCAUGCUCUGAAACUGGGCAACGCCCCCUUCCUCUCCCAUCAGGACCACUACAUCCGCAGCUCCUGCCUUCAGACGGGCACCCGUUAUGGACGCUUCAUACAUGAGGAAAGGCAAGCCAAUGGAGGGGGAUUAGUUCUGCAUGCCUAUGCCGACGAGCUGGCCUGCCUCAGUCCUGCUGAGAUGGAGUGCUUUGCCCAGGACUUCCUGGAGUUGGCCUUCGCUGAGAAGUCCAGAGGCGCAGCCACCUAUGCCUUGGCAGUGGUGCACAGUUCGGCCGCGUACCUGCCUGACUUCCUCGACUACUUUGCCUUCAACUUCCCCAACACGCCAGUUAAAAUGGAGAUACUGGGAAAGAAAGACAUUGAGACUACCACCAUUGCCAACUUUCACACUCAGGUGAAUCGGACUUACUGUUCAGGAACUUACCGAGCCGGUCCCAUGAGGCAGAUCAGCUUGGUGGGAGCCGUGGACGAGGAAGUCGGAGAUUAUUUCCCAGAGUUCCUUGACAUGCUGGAAGAGUCCCCGUUUCUCAAGAUGACCCUGCCGUGGGGUAGCCUCUCCAGUCUGAAGCUGGACUGUCGUUCUCAAAGUGAUGAUGGGCCUAUCAUGUGGGUGCGACCGGGAGAACAAAUGGUACCCACUGCUGACAUGCCCAAGUCUCCUUUCAAACGGCGAAGGUCAAUGAAUGAGAUCAAAAAUCUGCACUACCUGCCGAGGGCCAGCGAACCCAGGGAAGUUCUGUUUGAGGACCGGACUAAGGCCCAUGCCGAUCAUGUAGGCCAGAGUUUUGACUGGCAGAGCACUGCUGCUGUGGGUGUCCUGAAGGCAGUGCACUUCGGAGAAUGGAACAACCGACCUCGGAUAACCAAAGAUGUAGUGUGUUUCGAUGCCGGGGACUUCAGUGAAGUUGUCGAAAGGCUGCAGCUGGAUCUGUAUGAGCCCCCAGUGUCUCAGUGUGUCCAGUGGGUGGAUGAUGCAAAGCUCAACCAGCUGAGGAGGCAAGGCAUUCGCUACGUCCGCGUCCAGCUCUGUCACGACGACAUUUACUUCAUCCCGAGGAACGUCAUCCACCAAUUCAAGACGGUGUCCGCGGUCUGCAGCCUCGCCUGGCACAUCCGCCUCAAGCAGUACCACUCCGAAGACACGGACAAGAAGGAGGAGCAGCGACCCAGCGACCUCAGCCCCACCUCGGGCCGAGUAUCCUUUUCCUCCCCCGCCAGGCCAGACGCCACCAUAACCCCCUGUGCAAGACCACAAGGAGACAACAUCCAAGGUGGGGUGGCCAAAACGGAAGAACCAGAGUUCCAGAGGCCAGCAACGCCUUCCCAGGAGCCUCAGCCAGCCCCUCCGCAGCCCACCAAAUCUGCCCACCUCCCUCCAACAUACCAGGAUCCCCAUCUUUUCUUGGCAUCAGUCCACUCUGCAUGUACGCCUUCAAAAGAGCCCACCCUGCCAAAAGCUCACGGCCACACUGCGGACUUCCCCAAAUGACAUUUUAACCCCAGAAGCCUCACUGUGGGAGGAGGCACAGAGCAGUAAAGUAAAAGUAAAACUAAGACUGAGUCAAUCAGGAAGACUUUCCACUUAAAUUAAUCUUUGAAAAAAGGGUUCCCAGAUGUUUUCUUUUUCAGCCAAAGUAUAUCCUUCAAAAGGACUGUGAAGUACUUUUAGUUGUUUUGUAUUGCUCGCACCUUCCUGGAGCUCUCCACACCUUCAAAAGGUGUGUAAGAUGUAAAGAAGCUAUUAUUUUUAGAACCGUAUGCAACAUGUUUUUAAUUUCCAUUGGAGGUUGAGAUGUUUUCGACGAGCUUAUUUUGUGGAAAAUUUCAAGUCACUUUGGCAGUUGAAAAAUAAGCAUGAUACUGUACAGCUAUAUUAGUUUCAGUGACAAAGGCAUGUAGACUAACCUCACCUUGACGAUCUGUCAGAUUCAGAAGUCAGUUCGCUGGGCAUUGCCGUGAGAUUGAACUUCCUGGUCUGCUCAGUCAACACAAGCUAAUUAUCAACUAUAAAAACAUUUUCUUUUCAAUUAAACGGGACACAUAUUCAUUUAAAUCAACAUGUGAUUGUCCAAUUAAACUGCAAGCACUCAAAAUAUUUUCUUCAGCUUUAUAAGUUGCCAUUUCUUAUUUAAAUGCUUUUCUAUACAGCACUUUUUUUUCUUACUUUCGACAAAGUAUUUUAUUUAUUCCCUUGAGCUAAACAUAUGAACACAGGUUUACGCAACCAGUGAUGAGUAUUUAUGCCUCUGAAUAACGAAAGAAUAAUGGCUAUUGCUCUUGGCAAUAAUUUUCUCUUGUCUUCAUGCGUGGAGUAUGUAUCCAUGAUUUGUAAAUAUUAUGUUGUUAUAGCUGAGCGUAAGUGAAUGCCGUCACUUCGUUUGAUUCGGUCACACUUUUAGUUUUAGCUGGUGGUGUCACCAGAUUGAUGAGGCCACUGUUGUACCGUGCUUGUAUUUGUGUGGCUUUAGAUUUGGGGGGGGUUUCUAGGUUUAGCUUGAGGUCUCCAACUUAUUCAGUCCUAAUAUAUCUUCACAUGGAGAGUCACAGUUCUUCUGAACCUCAAGGAGUCCUCUCUAAAGGAAGUGAUCAUGUUGCGCUACCUUUGCCCUACCAUUGACUACAUCUUAGUGCCUUGUACUGUACAUGGUUGACUCCAUUUAAAGCUGAGCGGAGGUUUAUUUGUUGAUUAGUAGGGUGGUAAAGUGGGGGUUGGCCAAUCAGCUUCUUAUUUAAUUAUUGUUAUUUAUUAAAAUAAUGUUACUCACAUGAUGCUUUCAAGUAUCUCCAUUUGCAUGUCAACUAGAAGCAAAGAAUUGCUGCGUAAUAACGUCAAGGGAAAUGAUGCCUUUUGUACAUUCUAGAUUCAGGAAGGAGUUGUCUGUUUGUGACGUGCUCUUAACUUACUAAAUCUACGUAGAAAUAAAACUGGCAGUUCCAGCGCCGUCAUGUCUGCCUUCUGUCAUGUAACGUUGUGAUGCUCUGAUGAUUUCUGUUAAUGUUUGUAUGUUGAUUUCUGUCAGUCACCCGGUUCAUGGGUUGCUAUAUACAGUAGAAAUCUGGAUCCAAUGUUGUUCAGCUUCAGAAAAAAAACCCAUUAGAAUGCAUAGACUUUUGAUAUUUUUUAAUAAAUAAUUUUGUAUGUUA